AUGAACCGUUCGAUAGUUAAUAUUAUGAAUCUACCGGACGAAAUAAUUCUUAUUAUUUGGAAUAAAUUGAAUAAAACUGACGCACUUUAUUCAUUUUUAAAUGUUAAUAGACGAUUCGAUAACUUAAUACGUGAUAAAAUUUAUACUCGUUCUAUUGAAUUGAUAAAACCAAAUUGUCAAGAAGAACAAAAUUGUUCAUUAUCUGAUCAAAUAUUAGAUCGAUUUUGUUUGGAUAUAUUACCUCAAAUACAUUAUAUGAGUGAACAACUUAUUGUUGAAUCAUUUCUUAUGGAACGGGUUUUUUUACACUGGUGA